CCUGGAGCCUGAUACACAACGCCUCAUCUCAUAGCCACUGGGAAAACCACCUCGCCUGUUGUGGCAAACGGGCAGUUUUAACCGGCCAACACCAUUUGUGGAUUUAUGUAAAAGCGUCAGAGGCUAAGGAGAUUGAGGGAAUUUCACAUACAUUAGGACACCGAAUUUACCGGGUUCACCUGUACAGUCAUGAAGUCCUUUCUCCUGCUUGCCACAUUAAUGUGGUGUUUAGCGACAAAUUUCUCCUGGGCAGCUAAGAUAGUGGUAGUUCCUCCAAUUAUGUUUGAGAGCCACCUGUAUAUCUUUAAGACCCUGGCUUCUGCUCUCCACGCCGAGGGCCACGACACAGUUUUCCUGGUCUCCGAAGGUCGGGAGAUCCCACCUUCCAACCAUUAUCGUCUCCAGCGCUACCCUGGAAUCUUUAACAGCACCUCAGCCGACGACUUCCUCCAGUCAAAAGUUCACAACAUCUUUUCGGGGCGUCUCACAGCACUGGAGCUUUUUGACAUCCUGGACCACUAUUCUCAAAACUGUGAUGCCGUUGUUGGGAGUGCUUCUGUCAUGGAGCAGCUAAAACAUGAACAUUUUGACCUCCUGCUCGUUGAUCCCAAUGAGAUGUGUGGAUUUGUCAUAGCUCACAUCCUGGGUGUCCAGUACGCAGUAUUUAGCACAGGAUUGUGGUACCCUGCUGAAGUUGGGGCACCAGCACCUCUGUCUUACGUCCCAGAAUUUAACUCUCUACUAACGGACCGUAUGUCAUUGUUGCAACGGGUAGCUAACACAGCAGUGUACCUGGUUUCCAGGUUUGGUGUCCAGUUCCUGGUUCUACCCAAGUAUGAUCGCAUCAUGAGGAAGUACAACAUCCAGCCAUCGGUGUCCAUGCAUGAUCUGGUUCAGAACAGUCGACUCUGGAUGCUGUGUACUGACCUGGCACUGGAGUUCCCACGUCCCACUUUGCCACAUGUUGUGUAUGUAGGGGGCAUCCUCACCAAACCCCCCAACCCCUUGCCACAGGAGUUUGAAGCCUGGGUGAAGGAUACAGAUGAACAUGGUUUCGUGGUGGUGUCGUUUGGUGCAGGAGUGAAGUAUCUGUCAGAUGACAUUGCUCAGAAACUUGCAGGAGCCUUGAGCCGUCUACCCCAGAGAGUCAUCUGGAGGUUCUCCGGAGUUCCUCCCCCCAAUCUUGGCAACAAUACUAAACUAGUGGACUGGAUGCCACAGAACGACCUGUUGGGACAGACAAGCACACGGGCCUUCUUGAGCCACGGGGGCUUAAACAGCAUCUAUGAGGCCAUGUAUCACGGUGUGCCCGUGGUGGGUGUUCCGCUGUUUGGAGAUCACUAUGACACCAUGACACGAGUUCAGGCCAAAGGCAUGGGCAUAAUGCUUGAGUGGAAAAGGAUGAGUGAGGAUGACCUUUAUACUGCCAUGGUUAAUGUCAUUACAGACAAAAGGUAUCGUGAGCGAGCACAGUUGCUGUCUCAGAUUCAUAAAGAUCAGCCUGGUCAUCCAGUGAGUCGGGCGGUUUACUGGAUUAGCUAUAUACUCCGUCACCGUGGCGCCGAUCACCUCCGCUCUGCAGUCUACGAGAUCCCCACCUAUCAGUACUUCUUAUUAGACGUCGCCGUGGUGAUAGGAGUGUGCCUGCUUCUCCUUGGCUACUGCCUAUACCGAAUAGGCAAGUGCAUCAAAUCACGCAUGGGGCGCGGUUCAUCUCCAGUGGAGAAGGUGAACGGACACUGUCAUAAUGGAAUUCCAAAUGGCAAGCACAAAAAAAAUGGCCAUGUUAGAAGUACAGAGAAGAAACUAAAGUAAAGCACUAGGAGAAGUCAACACUAACGCUUUACUAAAGAGAGGAAUUAACUACUCUUCACUCAGAGCAGGGCCUAUCCAGGAAAUAAGUACAUGGGUCAAUAAAGAAACAAACCAACCAUUAUAACAAUGAACUGUAAGUAGGAAGCCAAAGUAAGGAAGAAUGGAAGGAAACCAGAAAACAUAAAUGGAAAACUCCUGAAGAUGUUUUUUUCCCAUUGAAUGGAGUUAAUGUUCAGUUGUUCAUUGGUCCUGAAUGUUGAUUUUAUCCUUGUGGAAAAAGCAAUGGUUCUGAAGUUUAGAAAUUUGUGGUUUUAACAAGAAGCUAUUAUGGGGCAUCAGGUUUCACUACAUCCAAAUACAUCAAAGUUCUCUAUCUAUUUAUAGAAAUUUCAUACUUUUUGCACACAGAGCACUGUUGGCUGUUGUGUAUUGAAUUUAGUUUAUGUUCUAUAUUUAUGUCUCACGCACUCCGCCCCUACUUCAUUUUCAUUUUUUCAGCAAUGUUAAUUCUUGGACAUUAGCAAGCUAGCAUAUUUGCUAGUGUUUAUGUUGCCAGCCUUGCCUUAAUCUUUAACUAUGUCUAGCAUGUUUUGCUAACUUACAACCUCAGCUAAUGCUGCUAGUUGCUACGUUGCUAGCUAGCUAUGCAAAAUGCUAGAGCCUUUGUUGAGGAUAGUUAAACCUCAAAUCUUGCUUCCAUUUACAAUAAUUUGGGAUUUGGAGGCAGUAUACUGGUAUACUAACAUUCUUAGAGCAUCACUACAUCACUACUUACCACUUUUCCCCUUUUGUUUUGUUGUUCUCAUCUAGUGUCAUUUAAUGAAUUGAUAGCACAACUUUAGUUUCUCUUCAGAAGGGUGCAGAUCAUGUGUAAAACCCCUUCACACAGUCCUCUUGUUGGGUUCAAAUGAGCAAAAUGAUACUUUUUAUUUCAAUUAAGCCAUUUACCCAUACUAUUCUGCUGCUUCAUGGAUGUUUAGGUUUUUAAGUCAUGCACUCAGUUCAUCUUUACUGUAUAGUUUCUUUCAUUAAGCAAAUCAUGCUUAGGAGGAACAUAAUUUUGUUUUUAAACAGAGGAGGGGGUAUACAGUAGUUUGUAUGUGUGAGUGCCUGUGUGUCAUAAAAUGUCCCAAACAAACUACAUUUUUAUUAGAACGCGUAUCAGUCUAGUGUUGUUAUCAAAGCAAAAAACCGUUUGCUUGCAUGUUCCCACAGAUCAAUAGGCCUAGAGUGACCUGGAGGAUUUUGGUACUGUAAUUAACAUAUCCCAUGGUGCUCUAUUGCUUCUUUUCAUCAACUGACGUUCUAUGAAAGGCAAUAUUUUUUUGGUAACAUUUCAAUCUAACAUUUAGUUGUGCAACUUUUAAAAAUAUGUUUUGAAGUGGCAAUAAACAGAACUUCUGCAAAUUAUUUGUGCGUUAAAGUGCAUUCUCACCCUCAGAGGUUUUUUUUUUUUUUUUUUUUAAAUGCCACUGGACAACUUGUUAUAAAAUCACAUGCUGGUUUUACAACUCAAUGUCAGACUGAACUGUUGCCAGUAAUAGUCUUAUUUUAGAAAUGUAUAAUUGUUUUAAAUGCACCGCAACAUUUGAAACGCACUUGAUUUAUCAAAAUACAAAGUGGUAUGUACGUUACAGUGAAGCUUUUAUGAAUGACUAUGAAAUUGUGGACAUAUUUAAGCCAGUAGGCAUAGUUAUUUGCAUUAUGUGGAGAUUAUAACGGUUGUCAGUUCUUGAAAAGUGUUGUAUAAUACAUUAGAACUGCAGUUCUACCACUGUUCAGAUAAACCAUAUUUUUCCCAGAUCACCAAACACCAUCACGGGCAAAUCACCCUAAGAACUCUAAGAAUCAACCAAAAUAACUGAAAUGAAGAAUUACUGGAGUCAUAAAAAUUGGAAACUGUUUUUACCAUGAGGUUUAAAGCAUUUCUUCAGCCAAGCACUGUUUUAGACUGUCCAUACUUGAAAAUACACUGGCUGCAAAUGCAUCCGAGCUAUGACUGGUGAAACAGUGACGCACUCUCGCACAAUUUGAACAUUAUAAUUAUUUUGUAGUUGUUUGUUUUAUAUGAUUUUCAGUAUUAAUAUUAGAUGGUUAACAACAGAGGAAAAAGCUGCAGAAGGGCUCUAACACUAAAGGCUGUGUGUGUAUGUGUGAGUGGUUAUAGAUAGUGUUUUUGUAUGUGAAACAUGUAUGCAUGUACAUUUGAAUGUGGUUGCUCGAGCCUAUUUGUGCCCAGCUUUCACUUUAUAUACUGAUAAUUUAAGACCAAUGUUCCAGUUCACUUCGAGUACAUCAAUGCCUUUCUUUGUCACUUGUAGCCUGUUUCCUGAUCGAGUCCUUGUAGAAUUAGUUGUUAAAAGCUGCUUGCAGGAGUUUUUUUUUUUUCAUAAUGACUUCACGUGUGUCUGUGUUAUCAUGUACAUAAAAAGACAAACAAAAACACUAAUGCUAAAUAAACAUUAAAAAUUU